GCUUUCGUUCUUAAAGGUGGUCUGAAACUGGAUUUUAAAUCUUGCCUUUAGCUGUUUUUGGUAGCACAUGGCAUCACGCACCGGUGCCAUGGGAUCAAAGGUUAUCAAUGAAGACAGGGGAUUCCCCAAGUCGAUCUUCUUGUAUCUGUUGGUGAUUCAAGCCGUUUGUUGUUGUUUUGUUUAUUCUGAGAAAGUUGAAUGCGGCCAAAGGGAAAGGUCUUUACUGGGUUUAAUAACCCAAGGCACGAAUACGCGCGAAGGUGACUGGCCGUGGCAUGGAGCCAUAUACAGACGAAAAUUUUCGGUAUUCUCGGAGGCAUACAUCUGCGGAGGAACUGUUAUAAGCGAAUAUUUUAUCCUGACAGCUGCCCACUGCACGAUUCCCACAUUUUUGGAAGCGGAUAUGUUCUACGUAAAACUUGGAUUGCACAACCGCAGUUCGCCGUCCGAAAACACUCGAGUACACGAAGUUGUAGAGGUGAUUCGUCAUUCCGACUUCGACGAGAGGACCCAUCACAAUGAUAUAGCAUUAUUACGAUUGGAAAAUGACAUCGAAUACUCGGAUUACAUCCAACCUAUUUGUCUGUGGCCUGUACAGAGAGCUGAAGACGAUGAGGUUAUCAGUUCUUCCGGAACGGUUGUUGGUUGGGGAACGGGUGAUUUCAGCAAAAAGACUGGUAUGGAAAUUCUUCAGUAUGCAACUCUAUCGGUAAUAGAUUAUGCUACUUGUUUAGCAAGUAACGAAAAGCAUUUCAAAAAGUAUCUAUCGAAAGACAAAAGCCAAUUUUGCGCCGGUAACAAAAAUAUGACAAAUGUUUGCGACGGAGAUAGCGGAGGAGGAAUAUAUUUUAGACUUGGAUCGUCUUGGUACAUCAGAGGUUUAGUAAGCAAUGGGGUUAAAUCUGAUGAAGAUAAUCGCUGCGAUCCUUCACAAUAUGCCAUAUUUUCCAACAUACCGUUCUACUUGAAGUGGAUCAGCAAUCAUCAAGAAAAAGCAAAACAGAGGAAUUUGUUGAACCUAGGGAAUUGUGGCCUCGACUCGCAUAAUAUGACGGUAAAAGAGAGUGAGAAACCUCUAUUUUUACAAUACCCAUGGACAGCCAUGCUGGAAUUUCAAGUAUUAGGUACGCCGUAUGUCAAAACAAUGUGUAACGGUGCAUUAAUACAUCAACGAUACGUUUUGACGGUAGGACAUUGUGUGGGUGAAACAUCUAUGCAGCUGAAGCUGUAAGUAAUCUAAAUUUUCACACAUAAGUA